AUGAUGGCUUCCGAGCACCAAAUGCCAGCCUCCAAGCAGCAGCAAGCCAGCUCCAAGAUCGCCAUCUUCGAGCAGGAGAACUUCCAGGGCCGCUGCCAUGAGCUGAGCGGCGCCUGCCCCAACCUGAAGGAAGCCGGUGUGGACAAAGUGGGCUCCAUCCUCGUCCACUCUUACGUUCCAUGAGAGGGCCGGGGGGGCGCGGGGAGCUGGGUGGGCUACGAGCAGGCAGGCUGCAAGGGGGAGCAGUUUGUGUUUGAGAAGGGGGAGUCCCCCCGCUGGGACUCCUGGACCAACAGCCGGAGAAGCGACAGCAUCACCUCCCUGAGACCCAUCAAAGU